UCCAUCAUCGCUCCUCUGCUCUCCUCAUCACAAACCAACCAACCAACGCAAAGACAAAGACAAGAGAAGCAUCAGCAGCAGCAAUGGCAGUGCAUCAGUGCACGGUGGCGCUCUUCCUGGCCGUCGCCCUCGUGGCUGGGCCAGCCGUCUCCCACGCCGCCGAUGCCGGCUACGCCCCCGCUGCACCUGCCGGCGGCGCCCCUGCUGCUGCUGGGACAAAGCCUGCCGAUGCCGGCUACACCCCCGCCGCCCCUGCCGGCGGCGCCCCUGCUGCUCCUGCUGCUGCUGGGACAAAGCCUGCCGAUGCCGGCUACACCCCCGCCGCCCCUGCCGGGACGCAGCCCAAGGCGAUGACCGACGAGCAGAAGCUGAUGGAGCAGGUGAACAACGCCUUCAAGGCGGCCGUGGCGGCGGCGGCCGUGGUCCCUGGGCCGGACAAGUACAAGAAGUUCGAGGACACCUUCACCCCGGAAGCCGAUAGAGCUUUCUCGGAUGUCCUCAAGGCCGGUAACGAAGGCACGGUGAACGCCUCCAGCUCCGUCUCCAGUUUCACCGCCAAGAUCGGCUUCGCCCACAAGCUCGCCUACGAGGCCGCCGAGGGCGCCACCCCCGAGGCCAAGUACGACGCAUUCAUCGCCAUCCUCAGCGAGUCUCUCCGCAUCAUCGCCGGCACCCUCGAGGUCCACGGCGUCAAGCCCGCCACCGAGGAGGUCAAGGGCCCCAUCCCCGCCGGCGAGAUGAAGGUCGUCGGCCAGAUCGACACCGCCUUCAGGAUUGCCGCCACCGCCGCCGACGCCGCCCCAGUCAACGACAGGUUCACCGUCUUCGAGUCCGCCUUCGACAAGGCCAUCAAAGAGACCACCGGCGGCGCCUACGCCGGCUACAAGUUCGUCCCCGCCCUCGAGUCCGGCGUCAAGAAGGCCUACGCCGCCACCGUCGCCGAGGUGCCCGAGGUCAAGUUCUUGGUCUUUGAGGCCGCCAUCACCAGGACCAUCGCCGCCAUGGCCGUUGCCGCCAAGGGCGCCGCCGGCGCAGUCAACGCCGUCACCUCUGGUGCAGCCACCGCCGCUGGCGCAGCAACCGCCACCGUCAACGCUGCCGCAGCAACCGCAGCUCCCAUCGCCGCUGCCGCAGCAGCCGCCAUCCCCAAACCCGACGCCGCCGCUGCCGGUGGCUACACAGCUCCCGCCGCCGACGCAGCAGCAGCAGCAACCGCCACCCCCACUCCCGCCGCCGCUGCCGGUGGCUACAAAGCUCCCGCCGCCGACGCAGCAGCAGCAGCAACCGCCACUCCCACUCCCACCGCCGCUGCCGGUGGCUACAAAGCUCCCGACGCCGCCGCAGCAGCAGCAACCGCCACUCCCACUCCCGCCGCCGCUGCCGGUGGCUACAAACUCUGAGCUCACCUACCUACUCCAAUACUAGCGCACGUAUGCAUGCAUAUACGUACGUGAUUUUGAUCGAUAAUCAUCAACUCAUUCCGGCAUUGGUUUUCUUUUCUUUCGUUUGGUUUCAUGCACUCGCCAGCACCAUGUGUGCAUGCAUGGCUUAUUAAUUAAAUUUGUUUUGGAGAGAGAUCCAUCUGUAAAACAUUCUUUACAUAUACUACUAUAAUUUUAAUAUAUAUACAGGCGCAUGGAUGGUGUUA